UUCAGGCGACAGAAGGAGGGUGGUUUGAAAGCAGAAUUGCCAACUUGUGCCAAUAUUUGGAAGAUAACAUAUAUUAUGCUACGAGGUUAAAAUAUCGCCACAUUUCCAGUGAAAGCGUUUAUGUUAGAGGUUUUCUAGAAUGAACGCAGAGUUGUUUAUGUUCUUUUUAGACCACUAACGCUAACGGGACUCGGUGAGGUAGUUAGCUUGCUCUCUUAGCUGCCUGUUGGAUGCCGAGCGGUCUUUAGCUUAGUUUUUAGUCCGUUUAAAACCGACUGAGGAUGGCGAGUGUGCAUGAAAGUUUGUACUUUAAUCCCAUGAUGACUAACGGGGUGGUUCAUGCUAAUGUGUUCGGCAUUAAAGACUGGGUGAGUCCGUACAAAAUCUCCGUGCUGGCGCUGCUGUAUGAGAUGACCUCCUCUAAGAUCACCCUGCCUGAGAGAAGGCGGCUGAACAAGCUCAUCCUUCCCCUCCAGCAGGGUCCUGACCUGACCCUUGGUCAGUUCCUGAAGACUGUGGAGGAGUGUUGUCCUCAGACUGCAUAUGCAGUUAAACUCAGGCUGCAUGAGAUGGCAGAUGGAGAGCUGAAAGAUAUGGAGUAUUUCUUUUCCACUCUCCCUACUCCAUUCUCUGCUUUUGAUUCUGAGGCGCAUAAAACCAGCGUUGUGGGUCUUUUUAUGAGACACAUGCUGCUGGCGUACAACAAGCUGUCUUUCAGUCAGGUUUACAAACUGUACAAGUCCCUGCAGCACUAUUAUCACAGUCACUACGCCAAGCCCACUGAUGGGCAGGUGGGUUUGCCCGCACUGGCUGCGGAUGACUCGGAAAUGGACCUCACCAGCAUUGAGGAUACUGUGGGGGACAGAGUGGACAAAGAAGAGCUGGACGCUCCACUGCAUGAGUCUGAAAUUCGAUCUGACGGUACUCCAAGCCGGGGUCCCCUCUCUCAAAAACAAGCUGAAUACUUUCUUGCCAGACAGGCUUAUCUUCUGAAGAACGACGAGAACAAAGCCCUGAAGCCUGCAGCGCUGCAGGAAGAGCUCAACAACAUGCUGAAGUUUAACCCAGACUUUGCUGAAGCGCACUACCUGAACUACCUGAACAGCAUGAGAGUCCAGGACAUCUUCCUCUCUGCUCACAGCCUCCUGCAUUACUUUGACCGCCUCAUCCUGUCUGGCAAUGAGGGAAAGAGCAACGGAGACGAGGGCUACGGGCGAAGUCUCCGCUACGCUGCUCUGAACCUGGCCAGCCUGCACUGUCGCUUUGGCCACUAUCAGCAGGCUGACCUGGCUCUACAGGAAGCUAUCCGCAUUGCCCAGGAGUCCAAUGACCACGUGUGCUUGCAGCACUGCCUGAGCUGGCUCUACACGCUGGAACAGAGGAAAGGCUCUGAAAGCACGGUGUUGACUCAGGAUUCAGUGAAAAUGGCUGCUCAUUUCUGCCUGCCGUACUUGGGAUCUCUGGACAUUCAGUCGCUGGUCCAGCAGGGGGCGAUGCAGGGUAAGGCUGCGCACAAGCUGAUGGACGCUCUGAAGGACACAGAGAUCCUGCACUGGAAGCACAGUCUGUCGGAGCUGAUCGAGAUCAGCCUGGCUCAGACGACAUCCAUAUGGAGGAUGUACGGAAAGAGCACCAUGGCUCUGCAGCAGGCCCAGCUUCUUCUCAACAUGAGCAGCCUGGAACCAGUUAACUUUGGGGUCCAUCAGAACAACACAGAGGCCUUUGCUGUGGCUCUUUGCCACCUGGCCGAGCUGCACGCUGAACAGGGACUGUAUAAUGCAACUUCAGAGAUUUUUCAGCAUCUGAAACAACAGUUUCCUCCUCACACACAACAUUCAAAGCUCUGGAUGCUUUGUGAUCUGAAAAUCCAGUUUGAGAGACACAUGAACGACAGGAAGUACCAUUUAGCUGAGCCGCUUGUGAAGGCCAUGUCUGCCUUAAACAAAACUGAGGGACUGUACAGGAAAGCACAUGUUCUGAAAGCGCUGAACUGCAGCACCGAGGCGUACAGCAUCCUGCAGCAGCUGCAGGUUCACUGUGAGAAGACCAAAUGCACGGAGAUAAUCAUCAGAGUGAUGCUGUCCACCGCUGAGCUUCACUGGGAGUCGUCCGGCUUCUCCACAGCUCUUCCUCUCCUCCUGCAGGCCUUGGCUUUGGCUAGACAGCACCACCUACAGUCCCUGGCCUCAGAGACCAUCCUUCAUCUGGCCUUCACUCAGCUGAUGCUGGGCGUUCCUGAGCAGGCUCUGAAUGUUCUUCAUGAAGCCAUGGAGCCCAUUCUGGCCCACGGAGCCGUCAUCGACAAAGGCCGUGCCAUGCUGCUCGCAGCUCGCUGUCACAUGGCUGUUGCUGGGUUCAAGCUGAAAGGACAAGGACAUCUAGAUCUGCAAUUGGCAGCUUUGGCCGUUGACAGUCUCAAUGAGGCUGCUUCCUAUUUCUCCAAGCUAAAAUGUAAGGAGCGUCUCCGGGAUGUCCACUACCUCCAGGCACAGCUCUACCGCUCCUUGGGUCAGACGUCACAGAGCAACAGAAGUGCCAUGAACUUCAGGCUGCUGGACCAGGAGCUGCAGUCCCCAGCGCCCCCUGUUUUUAUGCAGCUCUGACGGACGUUUUCCUCACAAUAUCAUCAGACUGGCUAAAUUACUUCGUCACAGGACACAACGUGCUGCUGAAGACACCACUAGGUGGCAGUGAAGCUUUGUCCUGAUUUUUCUCAGCACCAAAACAUUUAAAUAAGAGGUUUUCAGGGAACAUACAGAACAAAAUGGCAGUUAUGUUUCAACUAAAAGUGCUAGGAGUCAUAAAUAAAGAGACAUGAGCACAAGUCUGUACAUUCUGCCUUGGAUUUGUGGUCUGGUACAAGUUUGAGCUAAAACAUGAGUGGUUUAUUAAGCUCUCUGCAAGAGGGCCAGGUUGGUACCCGGAGGAAAAAAGUGUUGAAAGUUCAUCAGGAACAGUGGUGGCCAGGCUGAAUUCCCCUCCGUGUUUUGAUGAAUGAGGGUAAUGUCACAGAUGGCCACAAGAUGAAUGUGUUUGUCUCGAGAAUACUGAUGAAGCUGGAAGCUAAGGGACGCCAUGAUGUGAUAAUACAGCUCAGAUCUGUGUUAAUCUUGGCUUUUACAGAUAUUUUUAACGUCCUUCCUCAGCCCUCUAAUUCUUUGUCUUAAAUUAAAAUAUGUUGGGUUCCCUGUCUGUCUAUGGAUAAAGAGUUAUUUUGCAUAAUUUUGCUGUAAAAUAAGCCUCAUUUACUAUGCAAAUUCCAGAGAAAUAUAGGAUAGAGCUUCCUUUCACAGUGGAAACCUUGGAUAACAAUGUAGCUUCAGGCGUGUGGCCAUUUAGUGCCUGGAUUUACAUGUUUUAACCUGUUUAUGACACCAGUGCUUCAGGUGUGCAGGCCUUGUCACAGGGCAGAAAGGGGUAUGUGUCCCUCACCCGAGGGGAAAAUUACAUUAUAGUUUGUGCUUUUAGUCAGAGAUACUAUUUUUCUGCAGUUUGGGUUGAAACCACCAACAAUUUCUUACUUGGGUGUAAAAUCGUUACAGAGGUUCCUACACAGUGUUGAAAAGUCAGAGUUAUAGAAAAAUUAAAAUAUGAAGUAUGGAAAA